CACGUUCUCUGCUACGGUCCUCCUGGUACCGGCAAAACCCUUUUGGCUAGAGCUGUUGCCAACAGAACCGAUGCUUGCUUUAUCAGAGUUAUUGGCAGUGAGCUUGUUCAGAAGUAUGUCGGCGAAGGAGCUAGGAUGGUUCGUGAACUGUUUCAGAUGGCACGGUCCAAAAAAGCAUGCAUUGUCUUCUUUGACGAAGUUGACGCCAUUGGUGGUGCUAGAUUUGAUGACGGUGUAGGAGGUGACAAUGAAGUCCAGCGUACUAUGCUUGAGAUUGUGAAUCAGCUUGAUGGUUUUGACGCACGUGGUAACAUCAAGGUUCUUAUGGCAACAAACAGACUCAUUGGUUACUUCUGUUCUGACACGCUGGACCCUGCUCUUCUACGUCCUGGACGUCUUGACCGUAAGGUUGAGUUUGGUUUGCCUGAUCUGGAGAGCAGAACACAGAUCUUCAAGAUUCACACAAGAACCAUGAACUGCGAGAGAGACAUCCGUUUUGAGCUCCUUGCUCGCCUCUGCCCAAACUCAACUGGAGCUGAUAUCAGGAGUGUGUGCACUGAAGCUGGAAUGUAUGCAAUCAGAGCUAGGAGAAAGACGGUGACUGAGAAAGACUUUCUGGAUGCAGUGAACAAAGUAAUCAAAGGUUAUCAGAAGUUCAGUGCAACCCCCAAGUAUAUGCCCCAUUACGUUUAGAGAGAGAGAGAGAGAGAAAGCGACUGUACUAAUGUCCUAAAACAAAUAAAACUUAGAAAACACUCGUCAUCCUUUGUGUCUCUCUUACACUCGAUAUCUCUUUUGCAGUACCUUUUUCAGUUCCAGUAACUCCGUUGUGUUCUACAAUAAUGUCCGAUACUUUUUGAUUCCUUAAAUUCUCAUUUUAGUCUUAUCAUGGACUAUAUAUGAACCUUUACCUUUUUUUAUGGAAACUUCAUAACUGAGUGUGGCAACAUGCAUCAGACUCCGGCAUUUUCUUACUUGGUAUCUUGGCUUCCUCAAGCUGAAGUUUGCUGAUUUAUAACCCUUUACUAAAAGGAUUAUAAACAAGCUUCACUGGCGGACGAUUAAGUUCUUGUCCUAUAUGCUGGAAAAAUUAGGCUAAUCUCAUUAGUUGUC